UCUGCCUUUGAACUGCCCGCCAUUGGCAUUUCAUUCCUCGCCUAGCAGGCCGUCAUUCUACUGCUUGCCGUUGACGCUUCCGCGCGUGCACCGUCGCGAUUGCCUCUAGCCGUUCGCAGGCGCCAGCGUUCAAUUUCUGCGACGAGCCCCUGACUAACCCAGAACUCCUCUUCGACAGUAAUCAGCUUUCCGCACCACUACUGGCGACUUCGGACACGUAACAUACGCGGAUCAUUCAUUUUCACCUCAUUAUAAUUUUCUCUUUCCUAGUCGAUUUAUAUUCAGUCUACCAUUCACAGUCGCCAACAUGGGUUGCGGAAUGUCUACCGAGGACAAGGAGGGCAAGGCCCGGAACGAGGAGAUUGAGAAUCAGCUCAAGCGGGACAAGAUGAUGCAGCGCAACGAGAUCAAGAUGUUGCUUCUGGGUGCUGGUGAAUCUGGAAAGUCAACCAUUCUCAAGCAGAUGAAGCUGAUCCACGAGGGCGGCUACUCUCGCGACGAACGCGAGUCGUUCAAGGAAAUCAUCUUCAGCAACACGGUCCAGUCCAUGCGCGUCAUUCUCGAGGCCAUGGAGUCUCUCGAGCUGCCCCUCGAGGACCAGCGCAUGGAGUACCACGUCCAGACCAUCUUCAUCCAGCCCGCUCAGAUUGAGGGCGAUGUCCUGCCCCCGGAAGUCGGCGGUGCCAUCGAGGCUCUGUGGAAGGAUCAUGGUGUGCAGGAGUGCUUUAAGCGAUCUCGCGAAUAUCAGCUGAACGACUCAGCAAGAUAUUACUUCGAUAAUAUCGCGCGAAUUGCCGCUCCCGACUACAUGCCCAACGACCAGGACGUCCUCCGAUCACGUGUCAAGACCACCGGUAUCACCGAGACGACAUUCAUCAUUGGCGACCUGACCUACCGCAUGUUCGACGUCGGUGGCCAGCGAUCUGAGCGAAAGAAGUGGAUCCACUGCUUCGAGAACGUCACCACCAUCCUCUUCCUGGUCGCCAUCUCCGAGUACGAUCAGCUGCUGUUCGAGGACGAGACGGUCAACCGAAUGCAGGAGGCCUUGACGCUCUUUGACUCCAUCUGCAACUCCAGGUGGUUCAUCAAGACGUCCAUCAUUCUCUUCCUCAACAAGAUCGACAGAUUCAAGGAGAAGCUGCCGGUCAGCCCGAUGAAGAACUACUUCCCCGACUACGAGGGCGGCGACGACUACGCGGCGGCGUGCGACUACAUCCUGAACCGCUUCGUCAGCCUGAACCAGCACGAGACGAAGCAGAUCUACACACACUUCACCUGCGCCACCGACACCACCCAGAUUCGCUUUGUCAUGGCGGCUGUCAACGACAUUAUCAUCCAGGAGAACCUUCGCUUAUGCGGUCUCAUUUAG